AUGGGCAAAGACCGUAGACUCUGGCCUCUUUCACACCCUGUCGCAUCCACGACGCUAUUUUUCUUGAUUUCUUCCGUCUCUUUUCUCCAGGCGUCAGCACAAAGCAUCUCUACCAAUACUCCAGUCCCUCCUCUGCAGUGGAUAAACCUUACUGGCCUUCUGACAGGCCCUGGACCAGGUCCUCUCAAGGACGCCUCCAUCGGCUACGAUCCAGCGCAUCAAGACCUCAUUAUCUUCGGCGGAGAGUCCGCGCAGGGCAUCCCACAGGCUCAGACGUACUUGCUUGAUUUGCAGACUUUAACAUGGUCGCAGCCGACAGCGCCAGACGAUACGCCAGCGCAGUCACCGCCGGCAAGAAGCGCAGCCAUCAGUGGACAGGAUCUCGCUGCUAGCUAUCGAAACGGUCACGUUGUUAUCGGUGGGAGGGGCAAUGAUGGGGAGCCAUUGAACGACACCUGGGAAUUUGACUACACAAAUCACUUUUGGUCCCAGGUCAAGAUAACUACCCCUGGUCCUUCGGUUUUCGCUGCGGCUGGCGGGAACGACCCCAGGACUCCGUUCGACGCCACCGCCCUCUCUAACUUUUUCUUCGUUGCUGGGGGUUUCACCGGGGAGAAGGCUACUUCGCUAUCCAAUAUCUGGAAACUGACUAUUGCCGGAACCUUGUCUUCCAACCUUCCUAACCUCACUACGGGAACGUGGGAGCAGAUUCAUCCCAACAAUCAAUCUCUCCCGGCCGUAGGCGGCUCAGCCACUGCGGUUGUCCUCCAAGGUUCACAACAGCACGUAGUUGCCGUCGGUGGCUGUGAUACCAGUACAAACUCAACUGCUGCUUGUGCACAAGGACAGCCGUAUGUCAUUGAUAUCGACACCUCGAGUAAUACCGCUCCCGCGAAUUGUCCUGCUCCGCGCAUAGGUGCAUCUCUUGCCCCAAACUUGAACACUGCUUCGCAAAGUUUCGAUCAACAAGUCUUCCUGCUUCUCGGGACGUUUGAUUCGUCGCAGUGGCAGGACGAUGGUGGUCUGGAUCAAGGGGAAGUGGAUGUCUUUAAUUUUAAUGCUGGGACUUGGGCUCGUAUACUGCCGGCUGGCGAUCCCGUGGACGGUCAUCCCACAUUUCCUUCACCGCGCGAAGGUGCUGCCGUAUUCUCUCUGGGUCAGCCUUUGGUUGGUUCUGCAGCAGCGUCCGAUACCAUUGUGUUUGGCGGCAAAGAUGCCACUGGCAACUAUCUUUCCGAGGUCUGGGUGCUUCGAGCCUACAACGGAACCAUCAGUCAAUCAAACGCAACCUGGUCUGGCUUCGGAAACGGUCAGUUGCAGGGUGGCCCGAGCGCAAACGGCCAAGGUGUCACGAUUCAGUACAUGUCAUCAUGCGCAUCUGCCAUCUCUCAGCCCUCGGGCACCGGAUCUUCUUCUGGUCAUUCUCCAACUUCCUCUUCAAAGCCUCCAUCUCCAACAAACACCGGUCAACCAAUCCCAGUCUCUCGCUUUGAUACUUCUACUGUGCACAAAUCUUUGGCUCCGGUGUCCGCCGCCCUCAUCCUGCCUGCU